ACCGCGGACGACGGCUCGUGGACGGCAGCGCUCCCCAACACCCUGGGGUGCACGCCGCCGCCUCUGCCGCCUCCGCCGCUUUCGAGUGUCCAGGGUCCGGGCGUCGCUGGCCGCUCGCUCACUCGCACGCGACGACAGCGCACCGGGCGGAGACUUGGAGGACCACGCAGGGACGCACAACGGAGAGACGACGUCCGAGGAGGGGGACCCGAGCGAGCGAGCGAGCGGUGGCUGGCCGCGAGACAAGACACGAGUUUUGGUUAUUCAGCACCCAUCGGAGGAUUUAUUUAAUGCUGGGGGGGGGGGUUGGGGUUAGUCCGCAGAGAAAGAGAGAGGAGAGCGCGAGACACAGCCUCGGCUCGCUCGUAAGCAGCGGAGGGCGAUGGUGCCACGGACUUUGACAAACAUGAGUUCGGCGAACGUCACGAGUCACGGCUACAACGACACGGACGGCGACGCCAGCACCGUGGUCAUCCCCUUCAUCUACGCGGUCGUGUGCUUCGUGGGACUCCUGGGCAACUCCAUGGUCAUCUACGUGAUUUUCCGCUACGCCAAGAUGAAGACGGCCACCAACAUCUACAUCCUCAACCUGGCCAUCGCCGACGAGCUCUUCAUGCUCAGCGUGCCCUUCCUGGCCACGUCCGCGGCCAUGCACCACUGGCCUUUCGGCUCGCUGCUCUGUCGCCUCGUGCUCAGCGUGGACGGCAUCAACAUGUUCACGAGCAUCUUCUGCCUCACGGUGCUCAGCGUCGACCGCUACGUGUCCGUGGUGCACCCCAUCAAGGCGGCGCGCUACCGGAGGCCGAGCAUCGCCAAGAUGACCAACGUGUGCGUGUGGGGUCUGUCGCUCGUGGUCAUUCUGCCCAUCAUCAUCUUCGCCGACACCGAGACAAGCGACGACGACGCGACCGACUCGGGCCGCGUGGUGUGCAACCUCAUGUGGCCUCACGCCAACUGGUCGGUGGCAUUCGUCAUCUACGUGUUCCUCGUGGGCUUCCUCGUGCCCGUGGUGGCCAUCUGCCUCUGCUACCUGCUCAUCAUCGUCAAGAUGCGCGUCGUCGCCCUCAAGGCGGGCUGGCAGCAGCGGCGCAGGUCCGAGCGCAAGAUCACUCGCCUCGUCGUGAUGGUGGUCACCGUGUUCGUCAUUUGCUGGAUGCCCUUCUACGUCAUCCAGAUCCUCUACGUCUUCGGCGUGCCCACGGACCCCACGGUUACGCAGCUCUUCGUGGUGCUCAGCUACGCCAACAGCUGCGCCAACCCCAUCCUCUACGGCUUCCUCUCGGACAACUUCAAGCGCUCCUUCCAGAGGACGAUCUGCUUGCGCUGGAUGGACGGCGGCAUGGAGGAGCCGGUCGAUUACUACGCCACGGCGCUCAAGAGCAAAGCCUUCAGCCGCAACGACCUGAGCCUGCCCGAGGCGGUGGAGGCGAACAACGCCGUCUAUCGCAACGGGACGUGCGCUUCCCGCACCACCACGCUGUGAACUCUGGGGGGGGGGGGGGGGUGCGCGCCUCUCGGUGCCGCGGACUCACGGAGUUGCGGUGGAGGAGGGGGGGGGGCUGUGGGAUGGGGAAGGGGUCGGCCCCGUGGCAGCUCCCCACACGGUACCCUCAUUCAGCAUCAACGUGGACAGCAGCGGGGCUGGUGACGCACAUUUUACUGAUACAAUCCCUACCUCCCAGCGUUUUCGAGUUGAUGUGGGGGGGGGGGGGGGGUUGGUGGAUCACGCUAGGAGCAUCGCAAUGUCGUCGUGAGAAUGCGCCCCCCUCGUGGCACCAAAAGCAUUGGGUCGAGGUGCGCCCACUGUCGGCUGCAGCGGAGUAAGUAGUCCGCUGAGAGACCGCGUUGCUCGUGGCGUGGACUGCGAGACGCCCUCACCCGCCGCGCGACAGCACCCAGUGGGCGUCUCGAGCUGACGACCAAACCGAGGGGUCUUCCUCCUAGUGAGGUCUCGAGUGCGGCUGCUAUGUUGGGGGAAAGCAGUUUAUAAUUGUUACAAGUGGUCUAGGAUUGUGCCUAUAUAUAUGGCCCCAUCCACGACCGAGACAGACGAAGAGAGAGAGAGAGCGAGGUUUAUAGCCAUUCUAUGAUCUGCCUUUGCCGAUUGCAAAUCACCCCGUUCCACGCAUCGUAGGGUGAGUCCGCAGGGCUUAAACGCAAGGGCGAAUUUAUGCGCGCAGCCUGGAUUGGUUUCCUUUUGCUCAAGCACGGAGACGUUGUCAAUUCUUUAAGUUACACGUGCCGCAAUUGUGGGGGCACGUGUCGCGCUGUUCGAGACGCGGUCCCUGAGUGAGCAACAGGGGGGGCUCGGCUCGUGCGUGGGCCCCAAGCACCAUCGACGGCUCCUCGUGAAGUUAAAAGCAAGGCAGCGACGCUUAUUGUAAACCACCUCUUGUUGUUGAAUUGUUGUUGGGUUUUUUUUUGUUGUUGUUGGUACCGAUCCCACGAAGUGGCCCCCAUUAAUGCUCCGCCUGCUCACUGGCUCGGAGUCCCACGCACGGCCGCUCACGCGCGCAUUCUGUUCGAUGUGUUGCGGGGUUCUUUUUUUUGUGUUUUACUGCGGGACGACACGGAAGUCUAUGUUACGUGCUGCGUGUGGGGUUUUUUUUUUGGAGGUUUACGGCGCAAAAGUCUCCGCUGCGUCGCACAAUGCCAUUUGCUUGGUGAACGUGUGUCGAGUGCCCGAAAUAAACUGCGAUUCAGGCUGCUCGUG